GCCCUCCCCGCCGCCCGUCCGGCGGCAGCCGCUCCCGGGGCCGGCCGGAGGCGCGGGGCAGCCCCGCGGCGCCCACCAUGGAGCCGCCGGUGCCUCCGCAGGAGCAGCCGCCGCGCCCUCGCUCGCACACGGUCACCACCACCAGCAGCUCCUUCACCGCCAACCUGUCGGCCAGCUCCAGCACCCUCGCCUACGACAGGGAGUUCCUGCGGACCGUGCCCGGGCUCCUCAUGGUGACCGAGAUCGUAUUGGGGCUGCUGGUGUGGACCCUGAUUGCUGGAACAGAAUACUUUCUAUAUCCAGCCUUCGGCUGGGUGAUGUUUGUAGCUGUGUUUUACUGGGUUCUCACUGUCUUCUUUCUGAUCAUCUACAUGACAAUGACCUACACCAGGAUCCCCCAGGUGCCAUGGACCAUGGUGGGUCUGUGUUUUAAUGGAAGUGCCUUUGUUUUGUACCUCAUUGCUGCCAUUGUAGAUGCAUCUUCAGUUACCAAAGAUCUGGACAGUCACAAUUUCAACAGCUGGGCAGCUUCUUCUUUCUUUGCCUUCGUGGUUACCUCCUGCUAUGCUGGAAAUACGUAUUUUAGCCUUAUAUCCUGGCGAUCACGGACUUUGCAGUAAAUAUUUUGUUAAAAUGAAUUCUGUAAUAUAAAAUAUCUUGAGGAUUAUUCACUUUUGAUAAAAGCUUGCAAGAGGGGUGAGGCAUUUUUGAACAUUUCUGUUAGAAACUACAAACUGAGAUCAAAUGAUUAUUUAUAAUAAUGCCAUCUUUAGAGACAUCUAACACUGACUUUUUACUGUAUAAUAAAAUUUCAUACUGCUUCUUUUAAAAUUAACAUGGUAUUUUUCUAGACAUUGUAUAGUUGUCACUACUAAACCUUUAAUAAAUCUUAUUCAAUGUGCCACGUUUGUAAAUGUAACUUUUUAAAUGUUACAGGUAUUCUUUUGAUACUGAGUGAUACAAAUCAAAACUUAAGAUUGAUAGUGUCUCAUUAUUAUGUAUAAAAAGUGUCAUUGUGUAGAAAAAAAAAGCAUUUGAAACUUUAAAAAUAAAUAAACAAAUGACCCAACUGU